AUGCUGGAGAACCGCAGCUUCCUGAACGCCAGCGAGCUCCCAGGCAGCGGCAGAGGGAGCCUAGGGGCGCCUGAGCCGCAUGUGGGAGCUCUGGUUGGGGGCAUCCUGCUCAUGACCACUGUGCUGGCUGGCAAUGCGCUUGUGUGUGUGAGCGUGGCGGCGGAGCGUGCCCUGCAGACCCCGACCAACUUCUUCAUCGUGAGCCUGGCCGCCGCUGACCUACUGCUGGCGCUGCUCGUGCUCCCCCUUUUCGUGUACUCCGAGUACCAAGGUGGCGUAUGGGCUCUAAGCACUGUUCUGUGUGAUGCUCUGAUGGCUAUGGAUGUGAUGCUUUGCACAGCCUCCAUCUUCAACCUCUGUGCCAUCAGCGUGGACAGGUUCAUCGCAGUCUCGGUCCCUCUGAACUAUAGUCGGCAGCAGCUGGGGAGGCAGCAGCUGGUGCUCAUUGGCACAGUGUGGGGGCUGGCCUUCGCCGUGGCCUCGCCAGUGCUGUUCGGCCUCAAUGAUGUGCCCGGUCGGAACCCAGCCGUGUGCCAGCUGGAGAGCCGGAAUUACGUUGUGUACUCCUCCGUCUGCUCCUUCUUCCUGCCCUGCCCGCUAAUGCUCAUCCUCUACUGCGCUAUGUUCCGACGACUUCGAACCUGGGAAGAGGCGAGGAGAGCCAAACUCCGUCGGAGCAUGUGCCCCGGGGCUGCCCGCAGACCCAGCCGGCCACCACAGCCCUGGCCUCGCCGGCGGUUUCCCGGGCCUGAGCCAGAGGGCCCUGGGCCUGCGGGCUACUCAUCCCGUGGCCCAAUCCAGACUAUGUCCUACCCGCCGCAGCCCCAGCCCCAGCCGCUACCACAGGCGCUACCUUCUGCCGGGCUCCCGAGGAAACGAGCCAAGAUUACUGGCCGGGAGCGGAAGGCCAUGAGGGUGCUACCUGUGGUAGUCGGUGCUUUUCUCGUGUGCUGGACGCCCUUCUUCGUGGUCCACGUCACUCGGGCGCUGUGCCCAGCCUGCCCCAUGCCCCGGAAGCUGGUCAGCAUCGUCACCUGGCUGGGCUACGUGAACAGCGCCCUAAACCCCGUUAUCUACACUAUCUUCAAUACAGAGUUCAGGAGCUUCUUCCGCCGAGUGCUAGGCCUCCUUUGCUAG